UUACAUGUUAUUUGAUUAAAAAAAUAUAUUUGAGAUUGGAAGAGAAUAAAACGUGCAUAUGAUGGCCAAAUCAUGUUCGAACUUUGAUGGAAAUACUUGUUCACGACAACAAACUUUUCAUGAGAACAAAACAUAUGAACCUUUAUUGCCAGCGGACUUAAUAAUAUCGAGGAGCAGUUAUGAUACCUUAGAAAACAAUCAACAAUCAGAUAUUAUUGUUAAAAACACGACCAGUAGAGCAAUUGAAAAAAGAGAUGGUACAAAGGAGCACAUUCAAACUUCUGAAAAAAUUACUAUUUUGGAUAAUAACACAGCAGAGGUUAAACAAGAUGUAUAUUAUAGCGAAAUACAAACCCGAACUUCUUGUAACUCUGACAUAUACGAGAGUAUAGAUGAUUUAGCAGUGAUUCCUACUACUUGCUCUUUACCACAUUUGAACAACAUUUGUUAUAACCAAAUAACUGUCAAAAGUCGGCGAGGAAAACAUUUGGCUUGUUUCAUAUUUGGAUUUCUUUUGGUUGGUGUUAUAGCUGGAACAACUAUGUUUCUGCUGCUGAAAAACAAUGAAACGCCGUGUUCUGAAGAACCUUGCUUCUACAAUGGAACUUGCACUGAACUUGGGAAAUUACCUAUCUGUGCUUGCAGUGAUGGAUACAAUGGAUCCAGAUGUGAAGUCACACCAUGCAAAAGUUCGCCUUGUUCGAAUGGGGGUGAAUGUGCACCGGCUGGUAGUAGUUUUGUUUGUUCCUGUCCAACUGGAUACAGUGGAAAUCAAUGUCAUGUCACACCUUGCAACAGUUCGCCUUGUUCGAAUUGGGGAGAAUGUACACCAGCUGGUAGUAGUUUUGUUUGUACCUGUCCUUCUGGAUACAGUGGAAAACAAUGCCAAAUCACACCAUGCAACAGUUCGCCAUGUUCGAAUGAGGGUGAAUGUACUCCUACCGGAAGUAGUUUUGCUUGUACCUGUCCAACUGGAUAUAGUGGAAAACAAUGUGAAGUCACACCAUGCAACAGUUCGCCAUGUUCGAAUGGGGGUGAAUGUACUCCUACCGGAAGUAGUUUUGCUUGUACCUGUCCAACUGGAUAUAGUGGAAAACAAUGUGAAGUCACACCAUGCAACAGUUCGCCUUGUUCGAAUGGGGGUGAAUGUACUCCUACCGGAAGUAGAUUUGCCUGUACUUGUCCAACUGGAUACAGUGGAAAUCAAUGUCACGUUACACCAUGCCACAGCUCGCCUUGUGUAAAUGGGGGAACAUGCAAGCCCACUGGUAGUAGUUUUGUUUGUUCCUGUCCAAAUGGAUAUAGUGGAAAACAAUGUCAAAUCACACCAUGCAGCAGUUCGCCUUGUUCGAAUGGGGGUGAAUGUACUCCUACCGGAAGUAGUUUUGCUUGUACCUGUCCAACUGGAUAUAGUGGAAAACAAUGUGAAGUUACACCAUGCCACAGCUCGCCUUGUGUAAAUGGGGGAAUAUGCAAGCCCACUGGUAGUAGUUUUGUUUGUUCCUGUCCAAAUGGAUAUAGUGGAAAACAAUGUCAAAUCACACCAUGCAGCAGUUCUCCUUGUUCGAAUGGGGGUGAAUGUACUCCUACCGGAAGUAGUUUUGCUUGUACCUGUCCAACUGGAUAUAGUGGAAAACAAUGUGAAGUUACACCAUGCCACAGCUCGCCUUGUGUAAAUGGGGGAAUAUGCAAGCCCACUGGUAGUAGUUUUGUUUGUUCCUGUCCAAAUGGAUAUAGUGGAAAACAAUGUCAAAUCACACCAUGCAGCAGUUCGCCUUGUUCGAAUGGGGGUGAAUGUACUCCUACCGGAAGUAGUUUUGCUUGUACCUGUCCAACUGGAUAUAGUGGAAAACAAUGUGAAGUUCUAGUUACACCAUGCCACAGCUCGCCUUGUGUAAAUGGGGGAAUAUGCAAGCCCACUGGUAGUAGUUUUGUUUGUUCCUGUCCAAAUGGAUAUAGUGGAAAACAAUGUCAAAUCACACCAUGCAGCAGUUCGCCUUGUUCGAAUGGGGGUGAAUGUACUCCUACCGGAAGUAGUUUUGCUUGUACCUGUCCAACUGGAUAUAGUGGAAAACAAUGUGAAGUCACACCAUGCAACAGUUCGCCUUGUUCGAAUGGGGGUGAAUGUACUCCUACCGGAAGUAGUUUUGUUUGUACCUGUCCAACUGGAUAUAGUGGAAAACAAUGUGAAGUCACACCAUGCAGCAGUUCUCCUUGUUCGAAUGGGGGUGAAUGUACUCCUACCGGAAGUAGUUUUGCUUGUACCUGUCCAACUGGAUAUAGUGGAAAACAAUGUGAAGUCACACCAUGCAACAGUUCGCCUUGUUCGAAUGGGGGUGAAUGUACUCCUACCGGAAGUAGUUUUGUUUGUACCUGUCCAACUGGAUAUAGUGGAAAACAAUGUGAAGUCACACCAUACAGCAGUUCUCCUUGUUCGAAUGGGGGUGAAUGUACUCCUACCGGAAGUAGUUUUGCUUGUACCUGUCCAACUGGAUAUAGUGGAAAACAAUGUGAAGGUGGGUUACUUGAUAUUGAUGCAAUGAUUGUACUCAAACAAUUGUCUUCUUUUUUCAUAGUCACACCAUGCAACAGUUCGCCUUGUUCGAAUGGGGGUGAAUGUACUCCUACCGGAAGUAGUUUUGUUUGUACCUGUCCAACUGGAUAUAGUGGAAAACAAUGUGAAGUCACACCAUGCAACAGUUCGCCAUGUUCGAAUGGGGGUGAAUGUACACCAGCUGGUAGUAGUUUUGUUUGUUCCUGUCCAGCUGGAUACAGUGGAAACCAAUGUCAAAUCACACCAUGCAACAGUUCGCCAUGUUCGAAUGAGGGUGAAUGUACUCCUACCGGAAGUAGUUUUGCUUGUACCUGUCCAACUGGAUAUAGUGGAAAACAAUGUGAAGUAUGUACUUUUUGCGCAGGAUUUAAUUUUAAUAUUUGCACUCCGAUUAUAUUAUAUUUUCUAGUAACACCAUGUCACAGCUCGCCUUGUGUAAAUGGGGGAACAUGCAAGCCCACUGGUAGUAGUUUUGUUUGUUUCUGUCCAAAUGGAUAUAAUGGAAAACAAUGCCAAAGAACACCAUGCCACAGUUCACCUUGCUUAAAUAGGGGAACAUGCAAGCCAACUGGUAGUAGUUUUGAUUGUUCAUGUCCAACUGGAUACAGGGGAAAGCAAUGUCAAAUUCGACCUACAUGUCCCUCUGGCUGGAAGAUGAAUGAAAAUAGUUGUUAUUAUUUCAGCAGUCACAGCAUGAAUUGGGAUUAUGCCAAGAUUUAUUGUACUUACCUUAGCAGUAUGCUUGCAGAAGUAACAUCAAGAAAUGAGAUCGUAUUUCUUAGGACAAAUGCAAAAAAGUAUGGUAAAACUUUUUGGCUCGGUGGAUCAGAUCAAGUUACAGAAGGUAUGUGGGUAUGGACAACUAGUGGACAGAGGUUUACAGUAACGGAUUGGCAUACACGUACUAAACACGAACCAAAUAAUAAUAAUUGGAAUGAACAUUGUCUCAACAUUUAUAACAGACAGGACUACGAAUGGAAUGAUGAAACAUGUUCAGAAAAUUUUAGGUUCAUAUGCGAAAAACCAUUGACUUGGGUUUAACAGAGCAAGAACAGACAAUAGGAAGGAAUACCUGUUAUUGUAAAUAUUAGACAGGGAGUGAUACUUGUGACUGUAAAUACUAGACCUGAAUUGAUACUUAUUAAUGUUAAUAUAAGAUGGGAAUUGAUCCUUUAUAUUGUAAAUAUUAAAUAUAAGGGUUACUUAUCACUAUUAAUAUCAGCUUUCUGUAAACGGAUACCAUAGAUUUGGAUUUUUUGGCGUCAGUACAUGUAUAUU